CUUCCAUAAAGAGAGAGGGCACGAGAUCAUAAUUUAGUAGCAAUCGAAAUGGAGAUAAUCACCAUCCUCUCCAUCGUCUUCCUCUCUCUUUGCUUCUCCCUGACCCUGAAACUCUUCUUCUUCAGGCCUGCCCACGAACUCCCUCCGGGCCCACCUCGUUUUCCGGUCAUCGGAAACAUCCAAUGGCUCAAGAAGAACAGCUUCUCCGACUUCCAAGGCGUUCUCCGUGACCUCACCGCCCGCCACGGACCAAUCAUCUGUCUCCACGUGGGCUCCAAGCCCUCCAUCUGGGUCUCCGACAGGUUCCUCGCCCACGAGGCCCUUGUCCAAAACGGCUCCAUCUUCUCCGACCGUCCUCGGGCUCCUCCCACCACGAGGGUCAUCACCGCCGACCAACACGACAUCCACUCCGCCUUCUAUGGCCCACUCUGGAGGACUCUCCGGCGGAAUCUCACGUCGGAGAUUCUACAGCCCUCGCGCGUGAGAUCCCACGCGCCGUCGAGGAAGUGGGCUUUCGAGAUCCUCGUCGAACUCCUCAAGGCGGAACAGAAGGAGAAGGGACAGGUUUCCGAUGUCCUCGGGCAUCUCCGGCACGCGAUGUUCUGCCUGCUGGCCCUCAUGUGUUUCGGAGAGAAGCUGGGACGGGAAGAGAUCAAAGAGAUAGAAGAAGCUCAGUACCAAAUGCUUAUGAGCUACGCCAAAUUCAGCGUUCUCAACAUUUUCCCAAGCGUCACCAAGUUCUUGCUCCGGAAAAAAUGGCGGCAGUUCUUGAACCUCCGCAAAUCCCAGGAAGACGUCAUCCUCCGUUUCGUGAAUGAUCGGAGGAAAGAUUCGGGCGAAGUUCUCUGCUACGCGGAUACGUUGAUGGGUCUGGAGAUUCCGGAGGAGGAGAAGAAGAGGAAGCUGAAGGGGUCGGAGAUUGUGAGUUUGUGCUCGGAGUUUCUGAACGCAGGGACGGAUCCGACGGCGACGGCGAUACAGUGGAUAAUGGCGAACAUGGUAAAGUACCCGGAGAUACAGAGGAAGGUGUACGAGGAGAUGAAGAGUGUUGUCGGAGAAAAGGAGAUGGAGGAAGAAGACCUGAGCAGACUGGUUUAUCUGAAAGCUGUGGUUUUGGAGAGUUUGAGGAGACAUCCUCCGGGACAUUACCUGUCUUACCAUCGUGCCACCCACGACACCGUCUUGGGCGGACUCCUCGUUCCACGUGACGGUACUAUCAACUUCAUGGUAGGAGAAAUGGGUAGGGACCCGAAAGUGUGGGAAGAUCCCAUGGAGUUUAAGCCGGAGAGGUUCAUAGAGAAAGGCGAAGUUCAGGCGUAUGAUAUGACGGGAAGCCGCGAGAUCAAGAUGAUGCCGUUCGGGGCGGGACGAAGGAUAUGUCCCGGUUAUGGCCUCGCAUUACUUCACCUUGAAUACUUUGUGGCCAAUUUGGUAUGGAGGUUUGAAUGGAAAUGCUUGGAAGGUGAAGAGGUGGACUUGUCUGAGAAGCAGCAGUUCAUCACCAUGGUCAUGAAACAUCCUUUCCGAGCUACCAUUCAUCCUAGGAAUGAUAAUAACUAAUUAGCUGUGUAUGUUGAUGAUGAUGAUGUGACCAUAUCAUGUGUAAUCUAAUAAUGUACUUUUACUAGUUUAAUAUUGUGAAAUCUACUUCCUCUAAUAGGGUAUGGUAAUCUAAUGUACUUUUAACUA